AUGGCACCCGCAAUUCCAACUAUCAUCUGUUCCCUCCUCCUCGGCCUCGCGUCCGCUCAAGGACUUGCCGGAAAAACUAAGGAGAAGCACCCAAAGCUCGAAACCUACAAGUGCACCAAGAAGGGCGGUUGCAAGAAACAAACCAACUAUGUCGUCCUCGACUCCUCGACUCAUCCAAUCUACCAGAAGGCUAACCCAAGCCUUGGAUGCGGUGAUUGGGGUAACGCACCAAAUGCCACCGUGUGCCCCAACGAGAAGGAUUGUGCUAAGAACUGCUUGAUCGAUGGUAUCAACGACUACUCCAAGUAUGGUGUUACCACUUCUGGUGAUAACCUCUUCUUGGAUAUGUUGAAGGAUAGCGAUGGGUCUGUUCUCAGCCCCAGAGUUUAUCUUUUGGCUAAGGAUAAGCAUAAGUACGAGAUGCUCAAGUUGACCGGACAGGAGUUCUCGUUCGAUGUUGAUGUUUCCAAGUUGCCAUGCGGUAUGAACGGUGCUUUGUACCUUUCUGAGAUGCACAAGUAUGGUGGAAAUCACCACUUGAACAAGGCUGGUGCCGAGCUUGGUGCUGGUUAUUGUGAUGCUCAAUGUUAUACCUUCCCAUUCGUGGAUGGUGUCGGAAACAUCAAAGGAAAGGGUGCCUGCUGCCCAGAGAUGGACAUCUGGGAAGCCAACCGCAUGGCUCAACAAUACGCCCCCCACCCUUGCAACAUCACUGGUCCUUACAAGUGUACCGGCGAGGAGUGCGGCUGGAGUGGAGUCUGCGAUGAGUGGGGUUGCGGUCAAAACACCUACCUCAACGGAGACCCAAUGUUCUACGGUCCCGGCCCAGCCUACACCCUCAACACCCUCAAGCCAUUCACCGUCGUUACCCAAUUCGAGUCCAACAAGCGCAACAAGCUCAUCUCUUACCACCGAUUCUAUAUCCAGAAUAACAAGAGAAUUGACCCUCCUAAUGCUACUAAGGAGCACUUGCCUGCUGUUAACCAUAUGGAUGAUGCUUAUUGUGCUACUACUGGUGGUGCUGAGAGGUACCUUGCUCUCGGUGCUACUGAGGAGAUGGGUGAUGCUCUUACCCGCGGUAUGGUCCUUGCUAUGUCCAUCUGGUGGGAUGAGGGUGGUCAUAUGCAAUGGUUGGACGGCGGUAACUCUGGUCCUUGCAACCCUGAGGAAGGUGCUCCAUCUGUUAUCAGGGCCAACCAGUUCGAUACCAAUGUUAGAUUCAGCAAGAUCAAGUGGGGUGAUAUUGGAUCUACUAACCCUAAGUUCUGUUAA